AUGGCCUCGUACGGCAAUGGCACCAUGUACACUCCGGACCAGUUCAUGAAUCCGGGGCCGGCUCCCCGCCCCCCGACUGAUCGUCCCAAGUUGACUCUCCCCACAAACAAUAAUGUCGCGACUUCCUUCAGCCAGAUGGCGCUCAAUUCUCCUAGCACUCCGGGCCCCGGCGGCAAUCUCUCCCUGUUCCCGAACACCAGCACCCCCAGUUUGGCCCGCGCCCAGACUGGCGGUAGCGGCGGCCUCCAAAUCAUCAAAGAAGGUUACGUGCGUUGCAAGGAAGACAAGUUCUUGGCCACCUGGAACCAGCGCUACCUGGUCUUGCGCGACUUCAAGAUUGAUUUCUUGAAGAGCGAGUCUGGCAAGGUGGUGCUGUCAUUCCCCCUCUCCACCGUCACCGCCGUCGCACGAUCGGAGGAAUCGAAAAUGGCCUUCGAGGUCACUCGCCUGGCCAACCCCAAGGACGCCGCUUCCAAGACCGCUAUGAUUACCCGCGAUGUCCCCACCAAGACAAUUACCUGCGAGGUAAAAUCCGACGACGAGAUCUACGAGUGGAUUGAUAAGAUCUAUGAGCGCUGCCCUGGCAUGGGUGGUGUCAGCAACCCGACCAACUUCAGCCACCGAGUCCACGUCGGCUUCGAUCCGCAGACUGGCGCGUUUGUUGGCUUGCCCCCAGAAUGGGAGAAGCUGCUGACCGCGUCUGCGAUCACCAAGGAGGAUUACAAGAAGAACCCCCAGGCUGUUAUCGAAGUCCUCGAGUUCUACUCGGAUAUCAAGAUGAGGGAACAAAACCCCCAAUACUAUGCUGGUAUGAGUGGUCCUGGAGGAGCGCAGCCCAAGCCUCUGGGUAGCAACGCAGUGGGUAACUCGAUUGCUCCCCCUCGCCCCCCUCCUCCAGGCCCCCUGCAGCGUCUCGAUAGCGGCCAAUCAAAGGGCUCCAUGGAUAGCUCGAUGCGUUCUGCCACAUCUUCUCCCGGCCAGCAAGGUCCGGAGUCUGACCGUGCGGCUGAACAGCAGCAGCAACUGGAACGGAUGAAGCAGUUGGCAGAGCAAGAGCGUCGUCGUGUAGAAGAAGAGCAGCGCCGUAAGGAGGAUGCCGCAUAUAACGCAUCCAUCCCCCAGACCCGUGUUCCAUUGGCCAAGCAGGAGAUUGGCGGUUACGGUAGUUCGGAUCCCUCGAUGAACAGCCGUUACCAGCCAAGUCGUCCGGCUCCCCAGGCACCCGGCUCUGGAGCGCGCGUCCCCGGAGGUCAGCCGCUUACGGCUCAACGGCCUGCGCCGGCUCCUCCUUCGCAGAGUCCCUAUGGACAAGGUCCUGCCCGCACUCAUGCCGGCAGCAGCUCUCGCGACGAUACCCAAAGUUCUUCCUCUCGCUAUGCCCCCAAUGACCCUCGCGCACAGGCAUCGUCCAGUCGCCAGCCCCAGGCCAAUGGCAGCAAGGGCCAGCAAGGGCCUCCCCCGAGUCGCCUUCCUGCUCCGGUCCAGGCUGUGAAGCCACUCAACAUUGCCAACAAGCAGACCGGCACUAAGCAGCAAGCUGUUCCGGAUGGUGUUCGCCAGGCCGAGGCUGCCCUCACCAAGAAGCCUGAGCCGAGCAGCAAGAAGGAGGUCCGCAUGUCGGCCAUGUCUGAGAAUGAGGUUAUGGAUCGUCUGCGGUCUGUGGUGUCGAAGGAUAACCCCAACGAAUCGUACAGCAAGCAGCGUAAGAUUGGUCAGGGUGCCUCCGGAUCCGUCUACGUCGCUCGGGUCAAGGAGCAUGCGACAUCGCCCGUCGCACACGAGCUGUACCGCCAGUACGGCCCUCGAUGCCAGGUGGCUAUCAAGCAGAUGGAUUUGCGGAGCCAACCUCGUAAGGAGCUGAUUGUCAAUGAAAUUAUUGUCAUGAAGGAUAGCCAGCAUGCCAACAUUGUCAACUUUUUGGAUUCGUUCUUGCAGGAGUCGAGCAAUGAGCUUUGGGUUGUAAUGGAGUUUAUGGAAGGUGGUGCUUUGACAGAUGUCAUUGACAAUAACCAGGUGAUUACCGAGAACCAGAUUGCGACUAUUUGUCAUGAGACUUGUAAGGGACUGGCACACCUUCACAGCCAGAACAUUAUUCACCGUGAUAUUAAGAGUGACAACGUCUUGCUCGACCGAGUCGGUCACGUCAAGAUCACUGACUUUGGUUUCUGUGCCAAGUUGACCGAGUCGAAAAGCAAGCGUGCCACCAUGGUCGGAACACCGUACUGGAUGGCGCCCGAGGUUGUCAAGCAGAAGGAGUAUGGACCCAAGGUCGACUGUUGGUCUUUGGGUAUCAUGGCUAUUGAGAUGAUCGAGUCUGAGCCCCCAUACCUCAACGAGGAGCCCCUUAAGGCUCUUUACCUGAUCGCCACCAACGGCACACCCCGUCUGAAGAAGCCGGAGAAGCUGAGCAAGGAGCUCAAGGCCUUCCUCAGCGUGUGUCUUUGCGUGGAUGUCCGCAGCCGUGCUACCGCCGAUGAGCUGUUGGCACACGAGUUCCUCCAGACUGGAUGCAGCCUUGCCAGCCUGGCCGAGCUGCUGCGUUGGAAGAAGGCUAAUGGUCAAUAA